CUGCCCCAGGCCGCCGCGGCCUUCGAGGGGCGCCACGACUUCGCCCGCUUCCACCAGAAGGACCCCAGCAGGGGCCCGGAGCGGGACACCGUGCGGACCAUCCGCAGGAUCGAGGUCGUAGACGAGGGCGCAGGUCAGUGCCGGAUUGACAUGCAGCUGGACGGAGCGCUGUACAAGAUGGUCCGCAACGUCGUCGGCUGCAUCGUGUACGCGGCACUGGGCCGCGUCUCGCUCGAGGACGUGCGCGAGGCACUCCAGCGGCCAAGCGCGGCGAGGCCCAGUCGGUGCGAGCUGGGCGAGUUCCCAUGCCUCCCGGCCUCAGGGCUCUGCCUGGAGCGGGUGCACUACGCGGCCGAGGACGACUUCUGAGAGGGGGGCGGGUCCGUAAGCCGUAAGCAGACUCUUCACCAGUUUGCUGCUCUCCUCGCCCCCCGAAAACGCGAGGCCUCAUUCCAUCAGCUAGAGCUCGACGAGAGCCUCACGACGGCGGCGCUGCUGCGCCGAUCGGCCUUCUGUGGGCCGCGUUCAGGCUCCGGAGCCGAGUCGACAUGGUGAGGGAUGCGAGCCAUCACCCGCAGGCAGGGUCCCCCCCCGCGCGCGGCCGCGGCCCGCCGCGCCGCGGGGCGCCUCCUGCGGGGCGCCGCACGCCGCCCCGCGGCAAAGGGGGCGCGGGCCUUCCCUCGAGAGGGCCGCCCCCCCGGGGGCGGACAUCGGCGCUUGCUCUUGCUCCUGCUCUCCCUCUACAGUCCGGCCGCCGA